AUCGAUCGCGGAGGCGGCGAUAGCGCGCAGGAUGUCGGGCUGCCUGGAGGUGCUCGGGAUGUGCCUGGCGGUGGGCGGGUCGCUGCUGGUGAUGGUCGCGUGCGGGCUGCCCACCUGGAAGGUGUCCGCGCACAUCGACGGGAACAUCGUGGUGGCGCAGAGCUUCUGGGACGGGCUGUGGAUGUCCUGCGUGGUUCAGAGCACCGGACAGAUCCAGUGUAAACUGCACGACUCAGUGCUCGCGCUCUCCGCGGACCUGCAGACGGCACGCGCGCUCACCGUGAUCGCCGCCGUGCUGGGCGUGCUGGGAGCGGCGGUGACGGUGUCGGGCGCGCGCUGCACCAACUGCGUGCGGACGCCGUCCACCAAGGCGCGCGCCGUGAUGUGCGGGGGUGCGCUGUGCGUGGCCGCGGGGCUGUUCGUGCUCGUGCCCGUGUGCUGGAUGGCCAACAACAUCAUCUCGGACUUCUACAACCCGCACGUGCCGCUUUCCAGCAAGCGCGAGAUCGGCUCCGCGCUCUAUAUCGGUUGGGCGGCGGCGGCGCUGCUGCUGUUUGCGGGCGCGGGACUCUGCUGCUCGGGGUUGCGGGACGACAGGAAGGCGCGCGCGGUGAAGUACCCGGUCAAUAAGAGCCCCGUGCACAGCGGCGAGUACGACAAGAGGAACUACGUGUGAAGAGGACACGCGCGAGACUCCGCGUGCAGGUGCUGCAGGUGUUAAUCUGCCCUGUACUGGUGGAGGAACUGUACUGUAAAAAAAAACAAUAUUUUGUAAUAAGCAAAAACAUUAUUUUUAAAUUUUUGCGGGUUUUUCUCAGUUCUUAUUAGAGUGUAAUUGAGAGAUAUAAACGGGUAUUCGCAUCUUUUUAUGUUUUUAUCGAGUUCAUUAAACAAAAAGUCUUUAUAAUCUCUGAGCAAACAUAAGUUGAAUCAGCAAGAAAACAUUUGGGGAAAUGUUGAACCAAUUAGCUUUUCUUGCACUUAAACAUUAUUAACUUCAUUUUUUUAGGAAUAGUUCUUAUAAGCAGCCCCCUUCUACCAUGCAUGCAGCUAUUAUUUUAAACACAGUGUAAACAUAACCUACUUAUAUUUAUUUUUUUAUUAAAUCACUGCUGUAUAUAAGAAUGCUUUACAGGUUUCUGACAGAAGUAAAUCUCCAUCUAUUGAGAUUCACUCAGCAGCUUCUAUAUGUAAAGAUCUACAAUCUCCAUUAUCCCAUUUUACCAAAAAUCGCAUUAAAACUCAAUAAAUCAAAUUAACCUCUUACAUUAACCUCCCAUUUCUAGAUCAAACCACAUCACUUUUUAAAUGCCCAAUAAGAGAUAAAAUCCCAAACAGAGCUGUCCAACAUCUGGCUCAUUAACCCUUUGUUAUCAGGUUGUUGUGGUUUUCUGUGUUGGGGGUAUAUUGUGUUUUGGGGGUGUAUUGUGUUUUUCUCUCUGUAUUCAGGGCACUGAUUUGAUUGCACACAGCCUCUGUGUGAAAAUCAGCCUGUUGUUUCAGAGCCACUGGACCCUACUGACUCUGUUCUGAUAAGCUACUCAUCUUCAUUUACAUCAACUUUCACAUCUAAACACUGAAUAUAAAGGGAUGUAAUUUUCUGUCUGAUUUUAAAAUGUUAAAAGCUUUGUUUAUUUACCUAAACAUCACUGGAUUUACUGUUUUAUAAUAAAAGAUAAAAAAAA